CACAGACCAAAGAAGCUGCCUCUCCAGGAGUCAAUCAUGAAGGUGCUCGUGCUUCUCGCCCUUUUCUCCGUUUGCAAUGCCAACAUCCUGUGGCAUGAGCAGCCCAAGACUAACCUGGACAUGGUGAAAGAUGCAUUCUGGGAUUAUGUAGCCAAGGUGACCUCAACUGCUGAGGACUCCCUGAAGCAGGUCAGAGCAUCUGAUAUGGGACAAGAAGUCAAUGCCAGGAUCGCUCAGAGCGCUGAUGCCGUGAACCAGUACAUCGCCACUCUGCGCUCUCAGGUGGUCCCUCUCACCCAGGACCUCAUGACCCAGUUUACCCAGGAGACAGAGCAGCUCAAGGCCCGUCUGCAGCAGGAUCUGACCAGCGUGAGCUCCAACCUGCAGCCCUUCGCUGAGGAAAUGGUGAACAGCAUCCAGAAGCAGGUUGAGGCGCUUAAGGAGGAGGCUGCCACCUAUGCAGAGUCCAUGGACCCCGAGUCCCUAAAGACCGUCAUGAUUCAGAAGAGCCAGGAACUGAGGGCGCAGAUGGACCAGAGAGUGAAGGAGCUGCAGGACCAGAUGGUGCCCAACACCAGUGAGAUGAAGGAGAAGAUGGAGCAGAGCCUGGAUGAGUUUCAGAGGAGCAUGAUGACCAUGACCCAGGGAUUUGAGACCAGGGUGGCCGAGAAGACCCAGGAGAUCCAGGCAGCUCUGGUUCCUCUGGGAGAGCAGCUGAGGGCCAACCUGGAAGCCAGCACUAAUGACAUGCAGGCUCAGCUGAUGGCUCUGUGGGAGUCUUUCACCAGGAACACCCAGUAAAUCACUGCUCCAUCAGACGCCACAGCAAUGAUAUUUAUUCAAAA